UGCCCCCAGGUGGCCGUCCCCAACCUGGAGCCCCGCGCACCUCCUGUCCUUCUCGCUGUACUGAGGUUAAAGCCCCGGAGGCCCGAUCCCCAGGGAGGAGCGUUAGGCGUGGGGGCUGCCUUCUGCCUGGGGGCGAGAGGGAAACCAGCUAAAGUCCCCCAGUGCUGAUUUAGGCAUUGGUGACGCUAUGGCGAGGGACGACCGGGGCAAAAGAUGCAGGAGACCUACUGGCUAAGGGUGCGUUCUUGCUUCCAGGGAUCCUCCCCGCUCUCGCAUCCCUUCCCUUCUCUUCGCUCUCCCAGGAUAAAGGAUCUGAGGCGCAGGUCCCCUUGGUCCCCUUAUCACACAAUUCGAGACACUGCGCUCUUGUGAGCGUCCCUGCAAGGGGACUCUAGUUUUUCCAGGCCCGGACGGGCUGCGCCCUGAGAGGGCGGAGGUGCACUAGGAAUGGAUAGUGCUCUCGGUCUAGCUGCAAAAGGCUCGCAGUUCGUGAUUUAGGGUGCAAAUGGCCUCGCUCAGAAUGUGCAUGCAGGGACCAGAUAACCAUCUCCAGCCGGGCAUUCCCAGAGCAUCGCGCCCGCGAAACGCAGGGCCUCAGGGGCAGCAAAUCCCUCCGGGGGUGGAGGGGAGAAGCAGGACCUAUUGACCCUUAAGCUCCGCUCACUACCCGUCAGCACCUCUUCCACGCAAUCCCUCCCUCGUGCCUUUUUUUGUUCCUGGAGACCUAGUCUCUCAGUUCUCCCAUGGGCCCCGGCACAGACAUUAUGGCUCCUCCUCACCCUCCCAGACAAACUGUACUGGGGACUGGGGACAACCCUACUGAGUGUGGGUCUCUGCCUCUCCUCUCUGAGUCAGCUCUGUUCUGUGCGGUUUCCUUCGGUCUCAUCCCUUGGAAGUCCCGCCCACAGAAAUGGUAGAGACCUCACCUGCAACCCUCCGCCAGCCCCGCCCAUCCAGUCCGUGGGCAGCCUGAGACCCUCCCAGCUAACUCCCCGCGGGUCUUUGAGCCAAGGUUCCCUGGAGAGUAAAGUUGAAUUCCUAUCAUCCUCAAUUUCCUCACCGCGGGAUCGCAGCGAGACCCACAUCUCACAAUCAACGUCACAGAAUGGAGCCUUAAAACUGGGAGCUUUGGAGAUGAUUUUAUCCAAAUCCCCAUUUCAGAGAUGGAAAAACUGAAGCCCGAAUGCACUGGGCAAGGGCAGGAGAGGGACUCGAACCCUUGUCUUUGAGCUCCAGUCGCGGUGCUCUUCCCGGCUGCGCGGUCCUGACUUCGGCGGCUCCUCUUGUUGCCCGCAAAAAAGCGCGGUGGCCGCGAUGGCGGCCGACGUCGAAGGGGACGUGUAUGUGCUGGUGGAGCACCCCUUCGAGUACACCGGCAAAGACGGGCGCCGUAUCGCCAUCCAGCCCAACGAGCGUUACCGACUGCUGCGCCGCAGCACCGAGCACUGGUGGCACGUGCGGCGCGAGCCUGGGGGUCGCCCCUUCUACCUCCCCGCGCAGUACGUGCGCGAGCUGCCCGCACUCGGUGACCCUGCCCCGGCCCCGCAGCCUUCCGUGCCGCAGCCGCGCCCCGCAGUCCCGGAGCCUCUGGCCUACGACUACCGCUUCGUAAGCACCCCGGUGGGUGCCGAUGGAUCCUCCACCGAGCCCCGGGGACGCGCCAGCUCCCUGUGUGGCCCUGCGCGACAGCGCGCCGGAGGCCAGCGCAGCAGCCUGGCGCCGGGAGGACCCGCCUGCCUGUACGUGCGGCCGGCAGCGCCGGUGCGACCGGCGCAGUCCCUGGACGACUUGGCCCGCGGCGGCACCGCGCCCCCUGCCGGCCUCCUCGGUAGCGCCGGCCACUUCAAGGCCUCCAGCGUGGCGGGCUCCUGGGUUUGCCCGCGGCCCCUGGCGCGCAGCGACUCGGAGAACGUCUACGAGGCCAUCCCGGACGUGCGCUGUCCUCCGCGGGAGGAAAGACCCAAGCAGGUAGGUCGCCGCGGUCGAGGGGACCGGAGGGAGGUCGCAGUUACGCAGAGCCCAGCUGAUUUCUUAACUGAGGUCGUUGUUUGUCCCUUCAUCUCAUUCAUCGUGAAUAGUCAUGUUCAUGCAAAAAAAUGUAAAAAGCUUAAGGUGGAGGUCGAGUCAGAUGAGAUGGUGGAUGUGAAAGCCGAGCAUCUGCUUCUCUUUGGGACAGCCUCCAAAUUUUCGCUCCCAGCAGGUUCCUGUGAGCAGUUUGGGGACACAGUUGAAGGUGGGCUGUUAGGCUGGAAGUCACAAUCUUACCGGCCAGCCCAGAGGUCCUUGAUGGUCUCUGCCACCAAGUCCGCCAGCAGUAUUUCUAGUGUGUACCCGGAGAAGCCCACCCAGGAGGAGCAGGCUAGGAGGCAGUUCCCCGAGGUCACACAGAGGCUGGGGCAGAGUCCGGUGCUGAGGGCACCCAAUCCGAAACCCAGAACCAAGAAAGCAGAAGCAUGCCCUGCUUUCUCACCAGCGCCCGCCCUGCGGGCUGUAUCCCAGCAACUCAGAGGGGCCAGGAUGGUGGACAUGAUUGCCAAACUGGCCAGGAGGCAGAGCCGGGCCCUGCGGGCACAGGACAAAGAUGCUCUAGGAGCCUGGUGUGUCGGUCCACGUAUUUUAGCAAGCCCAUCUGGGUGGUUGCCCCUUGUAAUUUUGCCUCCUCCAUUCCUUCCUUCUCCACAGAGGCAUCCUUCCAAGCUCUCCACCCCGGAGUACACGGUCGAACUGAAGGGGGCCUCUCUCGAUUGGGCCCCCAAAGACAAAUCCAGCAAGAAGAAUGUGUUAGAGCUGCGAAGCCGAGAUGGCUCAGAAUACCUGAUCCAGCAUGACUCGGAGGCCAUCAUCAGCACCUGGCACAAGGCCAUAGCCAAAGGCAUUGAGGAGCUGUCCGCAGACCUGCUCCAGGGGGUGGAAGGUGAGCCCAGCAGUGCUGAUUUCGGGUCCAGCGAGCGCCUCGGAAGCUGGAGGGAGGAGGAUGUGCAGCAGAAUGCAGCCUCACUUUCCCUGAGCCCUGGAGGCCUGGAGAGCGACUUGAGCAGGGUCCGGCACAAGCUCCGUAAAUUCCUACAGAGAAGACCCACUCUGCAGUCUUUGCGGGAAAAGGGCUACAUCAAAGACCAGGUGUUUGGAUGUGCGCUGGCUCAACUGUGUGAGCGCGAGAGGAGUCCCGUGCCACGCUUCGUGCAGCAAUGCAUCCGCACUGUCGAGGCCCGGGGGCUGGACAUCGACGGGCUGUACCGCAUCAGUGGGAACCUGGCCACCAUCCAGAAACUGCGCUAUAAGGUGGAUCACGAUGAGCGCCUGGACCUGGAUGACGGGCGCUGGGAGGAUGUCCACGUGAUUACGGGCGCAUUGAAGCUCUUCUUCCGGGAGCUGCCAGAACCCCUCUUCCCCUUCUCGCACUUCCACCAGUUCAUAGCAGCCAUCAAGCUGCAGGACCCAGCCCAGCGCAGCCGCUGUGUACGUGACCUGGUGCGCACGCUGCCGGCUCCCAACCACGACACGCUCCGACUGCUCGUCCAGCACCUGUGCCGGGUGAUCGAGCAUGGCGAGCAGAACCGUAUGUCCGUGCAAAAUGUGGCCAUAGUGUUCGGGCCCACGCUGCUGCGGCCUGAGAUGGAGGAGGCCAGCAUGCCCAUGACCAUGGUGUUCCAGAACCAGGUGGUGGAGCUCAUCCUACAGCAGUGCGCAGACAUCUUCCCGCCGCACUGACUGCGGACCCUGGGUGGCUGGAGGCCAUGAGGCUGGACCUCCUUUGAAGCUCUCCGCUUCCCACCCCGCUGCACUGUGACUUCUACACCCCUCGAUUCAGAGGGUACGGUGACCGCCUUCAUGACCCCAGUUCGUGAAAUGUGAUUUUUUUUCCCCUGCUGUAUCCCUAUUUGGGGUUCCUUAGCGCCCUUUCUUGAUUACAGCGCCGCCUAUUGUGCAAACACGAGAAUGUUCCGGGGAGUCGGGGGCGGAUGAGUGCUUCCUAGGGCCGCGGUUGGGAGGAGGGAUUGGAUGAAGGCAUUCUGGUUUCCACAUGCCUGCAUCUGGCCAGGCCUUGAUGGAGACUCUGUAGGCCCCGCGCUAUGCAGGAGGUCCUGCGCUAGUCAUGAAGCAGCUACUGACACUGUCCCUGCUCCCAGGGCAGGACUGACCCUGGCCGCCAGCCCAGGCCACUGACUGCUUUCUUCAGCCUUAUGCUCCUGUGCCACCCUACUGCAGGCCACCUGCGGGCUUUUCCUCCGCGUUGCUCUCUCCCUGGACCACCUCUGUUCUCUCCAUGUUCCUCAUGCCCACCACAUGCUUACCCCGCGCCCACUAAGCAUGAUUCCAGGGAACUGGGGCUUGCAGCAGAAGUCAAACGACUUCAGGUUCCAAAGGUGACCUAAAUCCCUGCAAAGGCUCUCGCCACAGCAAACCCAGCCCCUAGAGGAAGAAGUGGUUCUUCGCCCCCUCUGCAGCACUGCAGAUGGGCAGAGCAGAGCAAACAGCCAGGAGCACCCUGCAUGGGCUGGGGGGGUGGGGGGGUGGAGGUUCCUUCAGGCAACAGGGAACCUACCACAGCUGUUCUGGGGGAAGAAAAACAUCACAAAUAGAAGCCCCCAGCCCCUGCCUGCACCCUGACUGAGUGCCUACCCGGUACUCACUUGCCAUGCAGAGCUGGGAGGGGCCCACUGGAGAAAGGUCACAGCCUCGGGCACAGAGAGUUGAGCAUGCGUCAGCUUCCCCCCUCCCCAUGCACACACCACCUCAGUUUACGGAUCUGAGCCCCUAGCUCCACCCACCCUCACUAACUCAACAAACGAUAAUAGCUAAUAUUUAUUGAGCGUCCAUACCAUGCCAGCCCUUUACUCCGAUUUCCCCCUUGGUUUCUUGCAGUCAAUAUUUAUUGUGGGCCCUCGUGUGCUGGGCACUGUGUUCUGGGGCUUUCUGGAGCUUAGGGCCCAGUGAGUAAGGCUGAGACAAGCCCAGCCCCAAUGCUAGCAGGCCCAAGAAGAGAACAAAUGGAGGCCUCCCACCAUACAUCUACAUAUUUAAAGUCUUAAGGCAACCUAACAACUGUUAAAUAAAAUACGUUUAUU